UAAUCCCAAGCAAGAGCACCUACUAGCAAAUCAAAAUUUGUGAUCUGCCAAAUUUCCAGGAAUUUCAAAUGGAGCAAAACAUUCCGCGCCCAGGGCCUGUUAACCGUUCACUACUCACGUUGCCACUGCGUGCCCAUCGUGCGGACCGUAUAUGGUAUGAACCGAAUUCCAAAGACUCGUGCUUGAAAUGCGUCAGUUGCCCUUCAGCUGCAUUCGGAGUUGAAGAGCGAGAUCCAAGAGUGAUAGGUAUGUUAGCAUAUGCUGGCUUCUUGGGGGUAGAGCACAUUGCCCGUAUGAAGGUGGAUCAUAGUUUAAUAUGCGCUUUGGUGGAGAGAUGGAGGCCGGAGACACAUACUUUCCAUCUUCCAUUCGGUGAGGUCGGCAUUAGUCUACAAGAUGUGGCGAUGAUCCUUGGUUUGCCCAUUCGGGGUAUGCCCCUCAGUGGUCCAACCGUUAAGGGUAAGGCUCAGUGGAUCGACCUGUGCACGCAGUCGUGUGGUUUCACUCCUCUAGAGACUGAUAUGCGCACGAGUGAUAUCACCAUGAGUGCUCUUACCCGUCACCAGAUCCUACCUGACAGUACAGACGAAGAGGUCACCGAACACACCAGAACCCUAAUAUGACAAUUGCUUGGAGGCCUUUUGUUCCCUGACACGAGUGGGACAAGAAUACGAUUAUACUUUUUGGAGGUCUUGCAGGGUGACUUGGCUUUAGCCCGUCGAUGGAGUUGGGGAUCAGCGGUUCUCGGGUACCUCUACCAUAACUUGUGCAACGGCGCCAAGUGGGAAACCAAACAAGUUGGCGGUUGUAUGCACUUGUUACAGAUUUGGGCUUGGUCGAGGAUUUCGAUGGUCCGUCCCUCAGUAGUUCAGGUCAUUCAACAUGACCAUCUUCCAUAUGGGUGCAUUUUGAUUUCACUCCCUACGCGUCCGAGGAACUCCCACCUAUCAUCCUUAAUGACGCUCCGCUUUGGUCGGCUAGGGUCAUGCUCAUAUUUUGCAAUAUGGCCGAAAUGCAUUACCCCGAUCGAUUUCUUCGGCAGUUCCAUAUAAGGCAAGAUACUCCGGAUGCUCCUUUGGCGGGUACUGAUCAUCACGGCAAUCGUUCCAACAUAGUAACCGGUGCCUUGGCGUUGUGGGCGGACAUACAACAUAAUAUAUACUUUCUUGAUUAUGAUCGACAUAUGUCCGUCGAAGCAACUAAGAGGUACCGAAAAUGGUACCAGAAACAUGGUAUGACACGUGUCCAGAACCCUUCUCACAAUGUGCCCACGACAGGCUACAUCCCGACAUCACACGAUUGGGGUAUUGUGAGGCAGAGCUUUUACGAGCUGAAUCAGCUCUUAGCCGACCGCGCAAGUCAUGAGGACUGUCAAAAACGACUACAGCGGAUGGCCCUGGACGUAGGUGAUGAAGAGAUGCUCCGCCGGGGCAUAUUCCAUUAUGAAGAUGAAGAUGAAGAUGAAAGUGGAAGUGACGAAGAGGAUGGUGCAGAUGAACAUGAAGGUGGGGGUGAGCACUCACAAUCGCCCCCUCAAUUUUCAACACGUGAGGGUGUCUCAUUUGAUCAAUCACCCCCUCAAUUCUCAACGCAUCAAGGUGUCUCAUUUGAUCAACCACCGCCGUAUUAUGAUUCUUAUCAGUACUCCACACAAGCGGUUGAUUAUGUUGAUUCAUUUCUGGAUUCGUCGUCGUUUUACUAUGGAGACACAAUGGGGCCUUGGAACACU